CCUUAUUCGAUGUUUUGUGAGCCUGAGUGUUUUAAGACGAGCUCCCUCCACUGCCUCCCCCCUCUCUCAUCUCUCUCCCCCAAACUCCGCGCGGUGUGAAAACUGGUGUUGUGUGGUGUUGCCUAGACAGUGUGUGAUGCUGUCCCCUCGAGUUGUUAUACCUGUGCUGUAGUGAGUCCUCACCUUAGAGAUUUCCCCUCACUGCUCGACUCCCCUCUCGCCCCUGUGUUGCUGUGAAUGUAACCAGUCCCCUCACUCGCCGAAAGGAAUUAAUUACAAGAUUUACCACUUGAAAGGAAAUUAUAUAUAAAUAUAUAUAUAUUGUCUACUGUGCUUUCCAACAGGAAGAAGUGAUUAUCUAUAUCUGCUGAAAUGAUUAUGUUGAUGAUUUGUUGAAUAAUCGUAUAAGGAAAUGUGUCUGAGAAAAAGUAGCUAGAAAUGUCGACCUGUUAAUAAAGUAAAGAGAAAAGGAAACUGUAAAGAGAGAAAAAAAAAUAUAUAUAUAUAAACGCCAGUUUAGUAUCGAAGCCUUUGGUAUUUUGAGUGUGUUAGAAAUUGGAAUCUUUUUGAUCUUGUCCUAAUUUUUUUCACGAUCUAAAUGGCUUCCUCUCAGCGACACAGUGAACGUCAGGUUAUACGUUGUCACAGAUGACGUGUUUUCUCUGGGACAAAAAGACUUUCUUCAGUUAAUGUGGAAGCCCAGACUGCAAGCUCCGUGCCAAGGAGAAGCCCUAGGUGCCGGUGCUGGCCAGGUUAGGUCAGGUCGCCUCAGGAGUUGACCAGGUCGUCUGCUUCCCUCCCGGCGCCAGGUGCGGGCCAGGCCAUCACCUUCCGUGAUCCCCGGCUGCCUUUGCCCCAUUGGAAUAGGAAGGGAUUGAAAGAAAAAAAAGCAAUCUGGAAGAAAAAUACGAGAGGAAUUGGAGAAAAGAAAGAGGGCAAAGGAUUAGAAAAUAAAAUAAUAAUUAACCUUAUAUCACAUCACAUUCUCACCCCAGAUAAUAACAGGAAGAAAAUCCACACACCAUAAAAAGAAGAAAAAAACAAAACAAACAGAAAAAAAACGAAAACGAAAAUACAAAUCCAACAAAUCGAAAGUGAAUGAGAAUUUGGUUAGCGCGACUCCCGAAAAACCGCCAAGAUGUUGGAUAUCUUCCGAGGUCUCAAGAACUUCAUCAAAGUCUCCCACGUACACAUCGACUCCUCGGUGUUCCGCCUCCACUACUCCAUCACGGUGAUGAUCCUCCUCGCCUUCAGUCUGAUCGUGACGACCCGCCAGUACGUCGGCAACCCGAUCGACUGCAUCCACGCCAAGGAGAUACCCGAGGAUGUCAUCAACACGUACUGCUGGAUCCAUUCCACGUACACCAUCCCUUCUGCGUUUAAUAAGAAGCUUGGUGUGGACGUAGCGCAUCCGGGCAUUGAAAAGUCUCACGCUGAGGAAGAGAAGAGAUAUGUCAAGUACUACCAGUGGGUAUGCUUCUGCCUCUUCUUCCAGGCAAUCUGCUUCUAUGCGCCGAGGUGGAUGUGGAAAAAUUGGGAAGGUGGCAAAAUCCAUGCCCUCAUGAUGGAUCUGGACGUGGGUAUCUGCUCAGAGGUCGAGAAGAAGCAGAAGAAGAAGCUGCUGCUGGACUACCUCGCUGACAAUCUCAAGCACCACAACUGGUGGGCCUACAGAUAUUUCUUCUGCGAGCUUCUGGCCUUUCUCAACGUCGUGGGUCAGAUGUUCCUGAUGGACCGGUUCCUGGGCGGGACGUUCCUCACCUUCGGCCUGGACGUCAUCAAGUUCAUGGAGGACGACCAGGAGGUGCGCGUGGACCCCAUGAUCUUCGUGUUCCCGCGCAUGACUAAGUGCUCGUUCAGCAAGUUCGGAACGUCGGGAGAGCUGGAACGCUACGACUCGCUGUGCAUCUUGCCCAUCAACAUCGUCAACGAGAAGAUCUACAUCUUCCUGUGGUUCUGGUUCCUCCUGCUGGUGUUCCUGACCUUCUUCGUCCUCCUGUAUCGCCUCAUGAUCAUCCUGAGUCCGAGGAUGAGGGCCUACCUCCUCUGCCUCCGGUUUCGACUCAUCAACAAGGAGGUGAUCAACACGAUAGUCAGGAAGAGCAAAAUGGGCGACUGGUUUCUCUUCUACAUGCUCGGCCAGAACGUGGACACGCUUAUAUUCAAAGAGGUCAUGCACGAGUUGGCGAAGAGGUUGGGCCAUGCAUCCAAAGACUUCGGCGAGCCCUGAGCACCGUGUAAAUAGCCACAGGGUGUUUACCACGACCGUCUGUGAUUCUAACGCACCUAGCUUAAGAUAGUGUCCCAGUCAACGAAGAUCGCGGCCACCUCCUGCGCGUCUCCAGAUCCUGCCAACACCGUCAUCACCACCACCACCAAGCCUGACGUUGUUGUCAGCUCCUCGCUCCACCACCACAGUCUGACUCUGUUGUUGUUGUUGUUGUUGUCAGCUCCACCUCCACCACCGCCGUCAGCCAGUCUGCGCUAGCCACAAGUGUGUCAGCCUCGCAUGGUUCGAGUGUGCCGCGGCG